AACUUAUAUAUUUUUUUUAAUUAUUGUUUGAAAAAACUUCCCAAUAAAGCAAGUGUUUGCGAUUUUAAUAUUCUCGUCCAGACGAUGCUUUAACGGGAAAAUGUAAUAUUAAAAAUAAAUUUCAAAUCUUUUUCUUUGCGAACUUCAUUUCUAUCGCCAUUUUGUCUGGGCGCGAUCUCGCGGACGGCCAUAUUGUGAUCCACGUUUCCUCUCCUUUCGUAGUUUCUAGGGGCGGUGUAUGGAAAGUGCAUCGUUCUUUUUCGCCGUAACGAGGGAACGAAGUCCGAAAAAAAUGGAAGACGACCAGCAAUUCUGCCUUAGAUGGAAUAAUCACCAGAGUACAUUAAUUCAAAACUUCGACACGCUUCUCGAAAGCGGGACGCUUGUCGACUGCACGCUGGCCGCGGAGGGGAAAUACUUGAAAGCGCAUAAAGUAGUGCUAUCUGCUUGCAGCCCCUAUUUCGAGGGAUUGCUGAGUGAGCAUUACGACAAACACCCGGUGUUCAUUCUAAAAGAUGUAAAAUUCAAAGAAUUAAAAGCAAUGAUGGACUAUAUGUACAGAGGGGAAGUAAAUAUUUCCCAAGACCAACUGGCAGCACUUCUUAAAGCCGCUGAAUCAUUGCAAAUUAAAGGUCUAUCAGAAAGUAGAACAAGUGGUAGUAGUAAAACGGACUUUAGGCAACAAAAAGUAGUUCCACAAACAACAUCUCAAAUGGACAUUCCACAAUCGUCUUCCGGUCUCACGAUAGAAAAGAACAAAGUUCCUAGGCAGGGUAUGGCACAAGGUUCCGUAGGGGACCUGCCCGAAGACUCGGCCAGUCCCCAAAUACCUAAGGGUCUCUCGUCGAGGGAAGGUUCUCAAAGUCCCACUUCGAGGAAAAGAAAAAAAUUUAGACGAAAAAGUAUAGGCGAUGAUAAUUCUAUAGAAAACCACGAAGCGUCGAAUUCAAGCGAUAUGCCUCAACAAAUGAGUGUUCCUGCGCUUGGAAUUGCACCUGUGGCAGAUGAAAAAGUACACGCAGACCCUACAGAUUCCAUUGGCAGGUCAGCCUUAAUGACGCAGCUGACGAAACCUGCCGAUGAAAUGCUGCAGUUGCCCUUGGAGAAACCUGAGCCAAAUGAUAAUCUCAUCGAGCCAAAGUCUGAAUAUUUAGAAGAUCAAGAAGAAAGCGUUGAAGAUCUGACGCUGGAUGACGAUAUGAACGAUCUGAACGAAAUGGAACAGGAUAACAAUAGAGCUGGACCGUCCCACGACCCCUCCCAACAUCCUGCAGGUAUAGGUGCAUGGCACGUUACCGGCGAUCGAAGUAAUGCGGGAGGAGUUGUGGGCUCGGUGGCAGGAGCUCCAGGAACGACAGACGAAGUCUUUCUUGCAGCCCAGGAGGCCGCCCAGGCCCACCGCGACUCUCAAGUUUCAGGUUUCUAUGCCGCGGCCCCACAGUUGGAUCUAAACUUCGUUUUACAAUCUUGCAAGGCGUUCGAGAACUCAGAAGGAGGCGGUAACAGGGAGGCGGCGGCGGCGGCGGCGGCGGCAGCGACGACGACGACGACGACGACAGGCCAGCCAGAUUUCGGUGGCGGUUACGUGACGCCCCUACCUAAUUAUCACGCGCAAGCUGGUAGGCAAAGGAGCACGUACGCGAAGGGUAAUUUCGCGGAUUGCUUCAGAAAGCCGUUCCCCUGCCCGAAAUGCGGCCGUUGCUUCACCGUCAAGGGGAACAUGACCAGGCACCACAAGUACGAGUGCGGCCAAGCGCCAAGAUUCCAGUGCCCUUACUGCGAGUUUCGUAGCAAACAAACGUCCAACGUAAUGUCCCAUAUAAGAUCGAGGCACACGGGCCAGAAAGUUCACGUGGUACACCUCAAAUACGAGAAUUGAAGGAUAUAGAAGUCGGCCAUCCGGAGAAGACGCGAAUUAUUAUAGAUAUAUACAUAGAGAGAGAGAGAGAGGGAGAAAGAGAGAGAGAGAGAGAGAGAGAGAGAGAGAGAGAGAGAAAGAGUGUGCAUGCGCGUGCGCGUGAGAGCGUGUCUUAUUUGGGGGGGUCGUUUACGUUUCGCUGUGUCGUAAAAAAGGCGGCCGAGAAUGGUGGGGAUGCGAGUGACCGGCUUAUUUUAUGCUACAAUUGUAUAUAUAAACGAUCGGCCGACUCUUCGCGCAAAUGGCUCCCUCCAUCCGUGCCUAUGACGGAUUCGAUCUCCAUUCCAAACAGUUGACAGUCGGUAUGCAAUAGGUCCUUUCCCCAAUCCCUAAAUCUCACGUUUCGAGUUGUAAUUAAUCCCAACUCCCCGGAUCUUAAGCUUUAAAUUCUUAAUUAAUAAGGAGUCGAUGCACAAGGCAUUCUAGAUCUUCCAAGUUCUAAACUUGGAAAUAGCGUUAAGUUCUCUUAAGCAGCGUUCCAUCGAAUGGAAGGAACGAUGGAAAAAAAAAAGUUGAGAUAUUUAGUAAUGUGAUAGUAGCGAUAUUAUAGCUAGAAUACAGGAGUAUAGGAAAUCUUUUGUGGCAACGCUGAUCCCAGAUCCCUAAGUCCUAACUUCUAAGCAGCGUUACCGAGAGUGGAGGGGAUAAAGUUGAGAAGGUAGGAAGAUAGAGUUCUUCUAGCAAAUUCUUCAACGUGGCAACGUUGCUUCCAAAAAACCUCGAGUCCUAAGUCUUAAGGAAAUUGGUUCCGUGUCGAUCAAAAGGUCAUUGGGGAAAGAAGAAAAGGCAGCGUGUUUAUAUAAAAGAAGCUGCGCCUCUUCUUUUGGCUGAUCUUUUAAAAGUCUUCGAUAUUGAUUAAGAAAUAAAAUAUUUACCAACUCCUUACGACCUGGGAAACUUGAAAAUCUUCCCAAGACUUAUCGUAAACCGGCUGUGAGAGAUCUCUGUCGUCGGUUUUUUGGACAUGGUCCACGGAUGGGUUCGAUCUGUUCGCAUCGGAAAACGUAGUACCUCCGAACGAGCGCGGCCUUUUUUUUGCUAAUUUUCUCCCGAUUAGAAGGAUAAAACUUAUUACGCGUACAUAUACACAUAUGCUUAUAUAUAACAUAUGUAACAUGUGUAUAUAUAUAUAUAUAUAUAUAUACACAAAACAUUCACAUAACACGUCACGCGUAUAUAUAUAUAAAUAUUAUUCAUAUAUUAUAUAUAUUAUAUACAUAUAUAUUUUCCGUUGUUAUCGAAUUUUUAAAUGUUUUAUAAAAUUAGGGGGAACGACCGUUUUUACGGGAUAUUUAUCGUACGUGGAAUCGGGACAAUGCUCAAACGAAAAAAAAAAAUAAUAAUAAUAAUAAAUAAAAAUAAAAAUAAAAAUAAAAAUAAUAAAAAAAAAAAAGAAAAAAAAUCUCGAUUUUUAGGAUUAUCGAGUGCGAAAUCGUCGAUUGGUUAUAAGGUUUGUUCCACGUUGAAAUUCGUCGUGUUUUUUCUAUUGAUACGAUAGGGCUCCACCGCCACCAUUUAUGUGGAGGAGGUGCCCUCGGAAUGCCCGAGGAAUAUUCGAGCGAAUAACGAUGUUUCGAGUACAACUACGUUAAAAAGAAAAAAAGGAAAAAAAAGAGAAAAAAAAAGAAAAAGAAAAAGUUCCACGAUGCGCACGAAACGCUAUCGCGUGAAACGUUCUUCGAUUCCUAGACGUCCUAUUAGAUAAUGUUGCGCGUUUUGUAAGAAAGAGAAAGAGAGAGGGAGAGAAAGAGAGAGAGAGAGAGAGAGAGAGAGAGAGAGAGAGAGAGAGAGAGAGAGAGAGAAAGAGUGAGAAUAAGCGAGUGAGAAAGAAAGUAUGAAAGUAGGAAAGUAAGAAAGAAGAAUUUAACGAUAAGAACGACAGUAAUAAUAAACGAUAAUAACAGCAUUCUUAACGUUCAUAAUAGCGAUAAGAAAUCGAUCUAAUCGAUUUCAUGGUAUCGAGCGGGUAGUAUGAUAAAAAAAAAAAAAAAAAAAAAAAAAAAAAAAAAAAAAAAUAAAAAAAAAAGAAAGGAAAUUUAAAAAAAGUAAUUUAGCGAACGUGCUUUCAUCGAAUAUUAAAAUAAAAUUGUUUCGAAUGAUACUGCGUCCGGCGUAUAUUGUUUCAGAGAGGAAGCAGUGGAAAAGCGUACCCUUCGAUCCGCCAGUACGUUUCUCACGUCAAGACUGAAUGGUACAGGGUGAAGCGGUCGGGGCAAACGUUGUGUUCUUUUGGUUUCUUCUUCUUCUUUUUUUUUUUUUCCUCUCUUCCUUUUUUUCGUUUCGCGAAGGAAUGAAAGGUUAAGGUCCGGUGAAGGGAUGAUGAUGAUGAUGAUAAUGAUAAUGAUAAUGAUAAUGAUGGUGAUGAUAAUAAUGAUGAUGACUUAAAAAUUUGCACAAUUUUCAAGCAUUCCAUUAUUAUAUCUAUUAUAAAACAAUUACGGAUAAAACUAAAAAAAAAAAAAUUUAGGCGUAAAAAAAAAAAAAAUUAUCGAAAUGUAUAAAAAAAAAGUGAAGCAUGGUCGAUGGUGUACGGUUCAAGCGUUUGCGUUCGAUUUUUUCCUCGAUUUGUUGGAAAUUUUAUUUAAAAACCUUAGACGUUCGACGUUAGUGGCCGACUGUUUUUGUUGCUGUGAUAUAUAUAUUAUUAACGAUGUUGUAGCGUCAAGUGCGUUUAUCGAAUAACUCUGUGUAACACGCAGGCCCGAUCGAAGCCGGGUUUAAGACGCGUCCCCAUUUCAUCGUAACGAACAAAUUUUUGUUCAUUAUUAAUCCGUUCGGUCGCGUAACGGCCGAGUCAAGUUUACCAUUUCGGACUUCGACUACGAAAAUAAAUGUUCGCGACAUUAACGACUCGAUGUCUAAAUAAUUGCUAUUCUCUCCAGUUUCCACCAUGUUUUGUGAUCGUAUAUCGUCGUCGCUGUGGAAUUGUAAGAUAAAAAUACAAAUAAUAAAUCGAUGUUUAAACACUC